CUUUAAUUUGGGUUUAAACACCGUUAUGGAUCUCGGAUUCAAAAACUGUGAUAUAAUAUUUGAAACAUACUCAAAGUCUGUCUGUUAUAUUGCUCAUUUUCAAAAAACAAACAAUUCUCAUUAGUUUCAUAGCAUAUGCUUCAUAAUGUUUUCGGAUGCUAACGAUUUCCUCCUACGAAUCAGAACCAGAAUUAGAUAAAAUUAAACAACCAAAAAAAAAGUUUAGAAUACACUUCAUUCCCACAUUAUUGUUUGAAUGAAGAUACUUCUGGUUCUGAUUCGUAGGAGGAAAUCGUUAGCAUCCGAAACAUUAUGAAGCAUAUGUUAUGGAACUAAUGAGAUUUGUUUGUUUUUUUGAAAAUGAGCAAUAUAAUAGACAGACUUUGAGUCUGUUUCAAAUAUUAUAUCACAGUCUUUGAAUCCGAGAUCCAUAACGGUGUUUAAACCCAAAUUAAAGGCCUUUAAUUUGCAUUCGGAUGUCUUCAAAUCCACCUGGUCAGAACGUAUCACCCUCAUUCCACAAUAAAAUCCAAUGUCGUCAGACAACAGUAUUCCAAAAUAGCUCAUACCAUCCCCCGGUUGAUAAGCGCCUGAAGUCACUUUUAGCAUCCGGAUUUGUCAUAGAUAAGUGUCAAACCAAGGCCAAUAUCUCAUGGGCCAAUUGGUGUCGUGAGGAUCGGGAUCUGAUGACUUUGCGCAGUUUAUGUGAAUAUCCAACUAAAGGGUUGCUGCAAACGAAAUUGCAGGAUUUACAGGACAACAGUGGAUGCAAAAUAAGUGUUGUUUGGGUCCACUCGGACGCCAAUGUUGCCGAUGAUGUGGUUAGAACUGCAGCAAUGGAACAAAAGAAUCAUUGUAAAAGCUGCGGAGGACGCCCUAUGGGCCAGAAAACACGAGUCCGUGUCAUUUGGUCGCGGAGAAAGAAGAAGGAUAGAGAAGUUCCUUGCAAGUUUUGCAACAGGAGAUUCGCUUCUGAAAUGGCACUGGAGCAGCACACCAAGGAUAGGCAUGGUGCUGCAGAGUCUGGAAACUAGUAGUAGUAUAUUCUAAAAUGACCAUCUGAGCAGAUUACUCUAAGCUCAGCUAUUGAUGGAAAAGAAAGGAAAUUAUAUCACCCUCUAGACUUGAUUUGGAUGUAAGAUGAAGUUCACCAAAGAGGACAACAGACUACAAUCAAAGUCAGAUGUCUGAAUUGUCUUAAGAGGCAUUUUUUUUGUUUCUAUCUGAAGGUAUUUCCAUUCCAAUCCGACAAGACAAUAAUAAAAGUCAAUUAGAGGGAUGCUGCAGCAGAAAACAUUCAAAACACUAGGAGAUAAUUCCACUCAAAAACUACGAGGAAGAAAAAGCACUAGUUAAUUACUGCACUGUGUGAAAAAAAAUGAGAAACAGGAAGAACAUCCAAUCCUGCAAAACUGCCAGUCUAUCUAUUAUUAUUACUAAAUUGAGAAAGUAGAUUGUUAAGGGUUCACAAGGUCCAUUGCCAGAAGGAAUGUAAUCCAAAAUGAUCCAACAAUGGCAAGUGAGGUUAUGGCAUUAUCUGGAUUUUUACAUCAUGCUAUAACAGCUUUUGCUGCAGAUACUCAGAAAUGUUCACACUGUUCAUCAUCUGGAUUUUUACAUCAUCUGGAUUCUUCCGCCUACAAAUGUUCAGAAAGCAACAACUAUCAGUUCACACAUAACGGAAUGAGCUUUCAAAAGAUUGCAAAUGAUCAGAGGGCUCAAAUAGAACAAACCUCUCCAGUCCCAUCAUCCUCAUCAUUAACCUCAGACUCGGACUUGUCAGAUUCGUCAUCAUGACCACCCUUCGAAGGUUUUAUAAUACAGGACAACAUUGAAAACAUUAAUGUAGUCAGACUUGACACCAACUACCAAAUAUCAGCACUACUCCCAGUUAUAUUAAAUUAACC